UAGACGCGGACCGAUACCAUAAACGAUGAAAGCAUGAUUAUACGCAAGCAUGUCAGGAUUGGCCAAUAGUUUAUUCUGUUGGGAGAUCUUUUGUGAUCCUAAAACAUCCCCGUGAGGUGGAUGUAUAUCAUUUGCGGAAAAACGUGGGGCAAAGAUUGGAUGUGGUAAAAAAUUCCCAGGAUCAUUGCAGUGCUGGAGAGGGGGGAGGGGAGAAAAAGAGAGAGUGGUCCAGCAGCCAUCCCUGGGAUUCCCCUAAUCUGGAGUUACGCGCCCUGCUCGGUGGAUUAAUGUCGCUCCUUUUCCUCGUGUCACAAAUCUACCAAGAGCACGCAAUAUAUGUAAACAAAACACCCUCGCUUGGAUUAGUCUAAUUUGGUUUUCGAUUCUCGGGCGCUGGAGUCACAAGGAUAACCUACACAGGAUAUUUAUCCCUCCCUGAUGGAUUAACGCUGGCCAGACACCCAAAGGAUACACAAUCAUGCUAAAGGUAUGAGUUGCUUUCUUGGUUUCUUUUGUUUUUUUGUUGUUGUUUUAUUUGGGAUCAUAUCUAAAAUCAGGGCAAUACAAUUUGAGUGCUGGGAGACUUCUACUCGGGAUUCAACUCGGAACAAACAACAAAAAUUGAGCAUUUUUUUUCUCAUUUUUGUGGAGAUUAUUUUUCGUUGACUCGAAAAUUCCAGAUACCACAAGGACCAACAUGGACUAUGUUUGGAUCGUACAAUUCAAAGAAGAAAGCUGGAAAUUGAGACUGAACGUUAGCCGCCGGAGAUAACCCUCCUCAUGUCCGUGGAUUACCUACUCCUUUCCCGAGUAUGGAACUAUAAUUUAAACACGGAUACAAACACCUACAGAGUCGGUCAACAAAGUUGCACCAACAAACUGUGAAGGAGACCCACAGACAUGAACGUCCAUGAUUUUUAGAACACUGAAUAUUUGCCACGAUGGAAAUGAUGACGGUGCUGCUAUGAACAAGAAUCUGGAUUACCAUUAAAAGACAUGUCCUUUACUCUUCAUCUGUCACGGGCAGAUCUCCCGCCCUCUGCGAAACAAGAUGAGCAACUCUACUACUCUGCACUUUGUGACCAUCGCGGAAUUCCCUUGACUUCAAUUGAAGACGCAAGACUUCCGCCUCUUCCAUCUUGGCUGUUGAGGAACCAAGUGUCCUCUAUUUUAUAAGAAGAAGGACUUAUGGAUAUCAUGUAUUCAUUUUACUGGACUCCUUUUCCCUCGCGUUUGGAUCGUCGUAUACAAACUCAAAUGGACAUUUCUAGCCAAAGAAACAAGUUCCUUCCACCCGGGAUCCGUACGAGGCCAACUUUGUUUUCAUACUUUUUAAUUAAAAACCAACACUGAUCUAAGUUCAAGAGGACCCUUGCCCUGAAGAUGAGGAUUACAUUUUGUAAUGAUCGUUUUGCUUCGGCUUCUUCCGUCUCCACUCAACGUUUUUGCCCAUUUUUUUUCUGCUCACAAAGUCCUAUCUCCCUAGAUUGUAUUCGGAAUAAUAGGUCAAGUUACCACUCUCUCAAAAGGACGGCCGAAAGUCGGGAUCGGGCGUACGAUCACGGUGCCUAUGGACAUCACGAGCGUCCCGGCGGCAGUUUUGAGCGCCAGCGGCACUACGAGGCAGACUAUUACCGAGACGCGCGAGAGAGGACUCUCAGCACAGCCGCGAGCGGCUCCGGGGCCUCCGGCGGGGGCGCCGCGGCGGCUGCGUCUGGGGUCGGCGGAACCAUCGUCAGCGCCGUCGUUGCCAGCGCAGGAACGGUGGGGGGGGCGGCGGGGGCCACGCCGGGAGGAAGCGGCGUAUCCACGUCCAGCGUGGUCGGCUUCUUCCGCUCCCACAGCAGGAGCCCCUGUCGCUUUGAGACGCCGGAGCCUCGCUACGAGCCUCGUACCAGGGAACCCUUCACUCUGGCCAGCGUGGUUCACAGGGACCUUUACAGGGAGGACAGGGGUCGCCGCGGGGAGCGGUCGUACCGCCACAGCCGCAGCCGGUCUCCGCACUCGACACAUUCGCGGAAUCAAUCUCCCCAGAGACUGGCGAGCCAGGCGACACGUCCUCCGCGCUCCCGCAGCGGGUCGGGCUCCCGCAGCCGCUCCUCCAGCUCAGACUCGGUCAGCAGUACCAGCAGCAGUACGAGUGGCAGUGAUUCUAGCAGUAGUUCAAGUGAUGACUCCCCGGCACGUUCAGUGCAGUCUGCUGCUGUUCCAGCACCCUCGGCACUUCCUUUAUCCUCGCUUGACAAGGAUGAACCACGUAAAAGCUUUGGCAUCAAGGUCCAAAAUCUUCCUGUGCGCUCGACAGAUACAAGCCUAAAGGACGGUUUGUUCCAUGAAUUUAAGAAACAUGGAAAAGUCACAUCCGUACAAAUCCAUGGAGCUUUAGAGGAGCGCUACGGGCUUGUCUUUUUCCGCCAGCAAGAGGACCAAGAGAAAGCACUCGGAGCAUCAAAGGGGAAGCUCUUUUUUGGCAUGCAAAUUGAGGUCACAGCCUGGAGUGGCCCUGAGACAGAAAGUGAGAAUGAGUUUCGGCCCUUGGAUGAGAGGAUAGACGAGUUUCAUCCAAAGGCCACACGGACGUUAUUCAUCGGAAACCUGGAGAAGUCCACAGCUUACCAUGACCUGCUUAACAUCUUUCAACGUUUUGGAGAAAUAGUGGACAUCGACAUUAAGAAGGUGAAUGGAGCCCCACAGUAUGCCUUUCUACAAUACUGCGACAUUGCCAGUGUCUGUAAGGCUAUAAAGAAGAUGGAUGGAGAAUACCUUGGUAACAAUAGAUUAAAGCUGGGCUUUGGGAAGAGUAUGCCUACGACGUGUGUGUGGUUGGAUGGAUUGGCUUCAAACACAACGGAGCAGUUUCUCACUCGUCAUUUCUGCCGCUAUGGACAUGUUGUCAAGGUUGUAUUUGACAGAAUGAAAGGAAUGGCCCUUAUUCUGUACAACAACAUUGAAUAUGCACAAGCCGCUGUCAAAGACACAAAGGGAUGGAAGAUAGGGGGAAGUAAAAUCAAGGUGGACUUUGCCAAUCAGGAAAGUCAGAUGGCGUUCUAUCGUUCCAUGCAGGCAUCUGGACAGGACAUUCGAGACUUUUAUGACCUUCUCUCUGAAAGAAGGGAUGAUCGACGAACUCAAUAUGAGUUCCAAGCAGAAAGGCAGUAUUACGAAAAUGUACGAACACCAGGAACAUAUACUGAAGAUCCACGUCGCAAAUACCCUGCCAGGAGUCGGGAGUUCUACACUGAAUGGGACCCAUAUCAGGGAGAUUACUAUGAUCCACAAUACUUUGAAGACCCUCGUGAAUAUCGAGAGUACCGAGCUGACCCUUAUGAGCAGGACAUUCGCAAAUACAGCUAUCUGCAACGGGAGCGCGAAAGAGAGAGGGAGCGCUUUGAAACAGAUCGUGGACGCGACCAUGGACGGAGGACCAUUGAGCGUAGCCAAAGCCCAUCUCACGUUGCCUCUCGUCGUCCUGCCAGCCCGACUGCAUCUCCUGCGCUCUCUGAGAGGAUACCAAGUGAUACAGAGCGCCGUAUUUGUUGCCAAUCCUCUGAAAGAAGUGGCAGCUGCAGUUCAAUCUCCCCACCCAGAUUUGAAAAAGCUGAAAAGGCGCGCACUGAAAGGUAUAACAAAACCGACAAACUUGAGAAGGAUCGAGUCUUUGAAGUAGAAAGAGGGAAUUUGGUUGAAAAGGAGAAGCGCGCUGGACGUAAAGAUCGGGGGGACAAAGACAAAAGUGAGAAGCAGAGGCUUAAGAAGCUAAAAGUUGCAUCACCCAUUAUCCCGACAUGUGAGAUAGAACCGGAACCUGAACUUGAACAAGUUGGUAGCCCAGAGUCAGCCCUUCGAAGUAAAAGCAUUAAAAUUCCAAAGGAAGCCUCAAGCAAAGGGAGGUUAGAUCUUCUUCCUUGUGUUGUGCAAUUAACACGUGUCAAAGAAAAAGAAGGAAAAUUAAUUGGUCCUGUCCAAGAGAAGCAAAUACCGAGGGGUGGCAGCGACAGUCCUAGAUUAGCAUCACCUUCAGCGGACCAAAGGAGUCCUCCAUUCUGCUCACAACCAUCAAAAAGUGAUGUCGCUAAGCACGUAAAUGUGCCCAGAGACAAAAGUAUACACAGUUUAGUGCAGGUUAUUGAAAAAAAUGCUAAAAUGAAAUCCAAAAAACACGGAAAGACUGAAUCCGGAUUUGACAGUUGUAUUUCUGUUGAUAUUGACCGUUUAGCUGCAAGGAAAAGACGCUUCGAAGUCUCCGGGAAAACUGAUAAACAGAAGAGAACUAGCGAGGAGGAGGUUGUUAAACCUGGACUUCAUAAACUAUGGAACAAGGCUAAGGAAACAGACUUGGAUAAGAAUCUUUUGGUAAAAGGGACACAUAAAAAGGAGCACCACAAGGAUAAAUGUGUCCGAAUGCUUUCAGUUAGCAGUCCUAAAGAUGGACGAGACUGUGAAAUCAACUCUGUAGGCUUUUCUCUGGAGCAGCAGGUCCGGCUAGAGGAGCUGCCGGAAGUUUCUACUGAUCAUUUGGAGUCUCCCUACCUUCAAAAGGAUUUCGCUGGAUCAAAAAGUGAAAACGCCUCGAGUCUCACAAAGGUAUUAGAGGACGGCGGCUUUCAUUUGGAUGAAUUAAAAGAACGGAAACUGUUUUUUUCUGAAAAUGAACCAGGGAGAGACAAAUUCAGUGACUCAAAUGAGAGAGAUGGACACGUUGACCAAAACGUUUGCACGAAACAAAUUGAACAGAGUAAAUGGCUCCGACCCGAGCUUGGCGACGAUCCUGAGAAAUUAGUCAAGUUGGAAAACCAAGCAAGUAAUCCGACUCAUGACUUUGGAAAAGACCACAUCAUACGUGAUGUUCCAAAAUCAAUCCAGGAUAUCGUCAAUGAUGAAUUGUCUUCCAGUAAAAGGAAGAAACUUGAGAAUUUAGGUUUUGAAAUAGUCACAGCCAAAAGAGAGCACAACUUUCCAAGUUCCCAAAAAUUGAAUGAAGACAUUUAUCAAAGUAUAACAACCUCAAUAGGACAUGGUCACUUUUGUGCGAAUGAGGAAGAGGACACUGCCCAGAUUUCUGUGUCAGUUAUAAACAAAGACAGAAAAUCGCCAACACGAGAUGAGUCAUUGAAAACCACUUUGGGACUGAGACAUUUUCAGUCUACAGACACUGGGCUCCCAAAGCUUAAGACAACCUUACUUGGCUGUGAUGAGGAGUUGAUGCACCAUUGGGAAAGAAGGAUAAAGUCUGAUUCCCUUAGAAUGGAUGUGACUUUCCCGGGUGAUAUAGCAAAAUGUGAAAACAUCCGCAAACGUCUUGGCCAAGAUUUGGAACCUGGAGAAGUGCAAUCUGAUUCAGAUGAGGACGGAGAAAACAAAAACCUAUCUCCCAAGUCCAAUAGUUCCUUGUCUUUUGUCCUGAGGGAACGUGAUGAGAGGAUGACGGAUUUGAAGCUUUCAGGCUCAUUGGAAAAGAAUAAAUUUUAUUCUUUUGCUUUAGAUAAAACUAUAACCCCGGACACCAAAGCGCUCCUCGAAAGAGCGAAGACACUGUAUUCCUCCAGGGAAGAUAAUUGGUCCUUUCUCCCUUCACGUUUUCCAACCUCCCACAGCUGUUCAGAUAAGGACAAAGUAGAGCUGGCACCUCGACCUAUUCCUUCUUGGUAUAUGAAAAAAAAAAAGAUUCGUACCGACUCUGUUGAAAAGCCACAUGAUAAAAAGGAGGAGCUUAAGCCACAGGACCAAGAACGACAUGCCCUGUUUGCCUCUCGCUUCCUGCACAGCUCCAUCUUUGAACAGGACUCCCGCCGUUUGCAGCAUCUUGAACGUAAGGAUCCAGAUUUAGAGACUGGAGUUGGUGGGCCUUUUACUGAGCCGGGUGCUACUGCGGCCCAGCCUGAACCUGGAGUAAGUGACAUGCCAUCAGAGCCCAUAGUGCUUUUCCAUAGUCGUUUUUUGGAGCUUCAACAACAAAAAGACAAAGACCCUUCUUCACCUGAUUCUGAGAAUGAUUCUAUAGUGGGAGAGAUUAAAAUAGAUGAAGGACAGAGCAUUGAUAAUGGGCUGUUUGAUAAAGAAUCCAGGCCAGUUUGGAAGGUUGAUCCCAAAUCAGCUAGCUCCCCAUUAACCAUGUUAUUCUCACCAUUUCCUUUUUCCCCUAAAGAAAUGUCUUCACCAGAAAAGAAAGAAUUUUUAACUCCAUUGUCGGAUCAACCUGUAUCAUUUAUCACAGAAGAAGACGUAGAGACAGUUUCUGAGGCAUCUCCAUCACAUUCGUUUACAAUGGACUUCAAACCAGAAGCUCCUGAGCUCGCCGUAGUCCCUCCAGUUGUCCCUUUGGGGCCAGAAAAUGAAAUAAAAACAGAAAUAAAAGAAGAGUUAAUAGAACCCAAAACAAAAAUUGUAGAUAAUUUGGUAAUGGAACAUAAACCUCUUGUGGAAGUUGAUCUUUCCACUCCUGGUGAUUCCCUCAGUGGUUUGGAGCGAGAGACGGCAGGAUUGCCUUUCCCUGAUAAUCCAAAAAUUGAAGAAAAAAACAUAAUCAUUAAGACAGAACCUAAAUUAGAAAAUCAUGAAACAAAACACUCUGAAGAGUCUCAGAAAACUGAGACAAAUAGCGAGGCAUAUAUGCCAGACCUUGAGGCUGAAAUAAAACCAUUACCAAAUCGCAGACAACCCAAGAGUAAAAGGGCAAGACCACUCUCAGUAAUACGUACUUCCCAACCUUCACAAAGUGAGAAACCACCAACACGAAAGAGUGAACGUAUUGACAGAGAAAAACUCAAAAGGGCCUCAUCUCCUCGGGCAGAAGUACCAAAAGCUUCCGUUGAGUCCAAAGCCACAUCCAAGUCACCAAUUCCUGCAUCGGAUUCGGAGCAAAACCUUGAAUCUAAUUUGAUCCAUGGCAGAACACGUCGCAGGAAUGUAAGAUCAGUCUAUGCCACACUACAUGAAGACGACCAAGCUGGUAAAGAGGGGGUUGAGUCAGCACGUUCCAUGCGCAAACGCGGUGUAGAUAAAGAACCAAUACAGCAAGAUGUUCCUAUUCCACACGCCAAUACAAGGCGAGGACGUCCACCUAAAAGAGGCACCAAACGAGGCGAAGAUGCAUCCCCGGUUAAGGGUGAUCAGUUGAAAAUGGUGGAAGAAAGCACAGAGGUCAAAGAUAACUCCACUACUGUAGAGGUUGUUAAAGCCUCUGAGGGAUGGCGCUCACCCCGCACCCAGAAAGUGCAACAAACACAACUUACAUCACCUGCUCCAGUUAACAAGAAAGGAGGUAGAAUAGAGAAACAGUGUGGGACCACGACAGUGCUAGCUGGAGAAGCUGAUCUGACGAGUCUUGAUGAGUCAGAGAUGAAUCCUAAAUCUGAUUCGGAAUUGUUUUUGAAGCUCUCUGAAAAGGUGGAAAAUGAAAGCUUAAAAGUAAACAUUAAGGAAAAAGACUUAACAGAUUCUGGUGGAAAGAAAUCUGUUGGGGAUUUUGAAAAAGUCGACACCACCCCCCCUGAGAGUAGACAACAGCCCGAAAAGAAUUUAAAAAUGAAGACACCAAGGUUGAAAAGAAAUACCAAGCAGGGCACUGAAGAUAAAUCCCACAGCUUAAAAAAUCUUGAGAUCCGUGUAAGCGUUGAUGAUGUAAAAGGUUUACUACGUUCGGGGGAUGAUGACCUUGAUUCAUUUGAAGCUCCCAACAUGGCAAAAAACAAGAUGAUAGUGAAGGAGAAUGAAGAAACAGAGAUAAUAUGCUAUCCGAAAGAAUCAAAAGAACUUGACACACAGGAAGAGGAUGACUCCCUAUCAGAGCCUGAACUCCUUGCAGAUCCAGCAGCUCUCUUAGCACGGCAGAUGGAACUAGAGCAGGCAGUGGAAAAUAUUGCUAAACUUGCUGUAGAGCAUCCUCCUCGACCAUACAAGGUACCACCUUCAGAGCCACCUACCACAUUGCCUCCUGUCAGAGUGGAGCCAGAGGCUGAGGUUGAAGAGAAGCGAGCUAAUCCUGCUAGCGAAACAGAACUUGCAGCCGCCAUUGAUUCCAUUACAGCUGAAGAAAUGUGUGCAGAUGCAGAGACUUUCACAGCUCCUCCUAAUUACACUGGUCUUAUGCCUACCCCUGAAUCAGUGACAUCAUCCUCCUCAAAUGAGAUUAUGGAUCCUGAAACACACAUGGUGAUCAAUAAUAUUCUUGCCGCAGACUCAGAUGAUGGACCUUUGACACCCACCCCAAAGGUGCUAAUGGCAGAUUCCCCUGUACCCGAAACACCCAAGAAAAAAGGCAGAGUUAGAGCCAAAACCCCAAAGAAGUCAAAAGGUCGCAAAGGUACAGCUAAUAAGAAAGGGGAUACUGCUGAAGAGGUUUCACAACCUGAUUCCUCCCCGGUCAAGUUACCAGAAUCUAUCCCAGAAGACCCAGAAAUCAGCAAUUCAAAAGCAGCCACUGUUACAGCCGGGGUCACUGCAGCAGCUUCUGUGGCCACCGCUGUGGCAACAUGUAGACGGGAUGUUACAAGUGCUAUGACUGUAGACACGCCCAAAGAGGCAGAGCAGCCUGAAGUUGAACAGCCCGUACCCAAAGAAUCUGCCUUUCAUUCUUCCACAAGCAACAUAUCCUGCAGUAAAAAGGUUUCCCGAACACAAGAGCCAUCUACCCCUACUCUUGCACCUGCCCGCCCGAAACCUGUAUCUCACUCCAGUGUACCCCUGCUGCGGCAUGCUAAAAUUCCCCUUUCGCCUGGCUGGCCUCCUAGAACUGAAGAAAGUAGAAUUCGUGUUGCCCCUUCGUGCCAUGUUACGGUGGUAACUUCUUCUCCAGCAGCAUCAAUUACACUUGGAACCCCAUCAACAAAUCCCUCGAUGCCUCCUGACACCAAGGCCUCCGAUGUUGACCCUAGUUCUAGUACCUUAAGAAAAAUCCUGAUGGAACCUAAAUAUGUUUCUGCAUCAAACAGCAAUUCCAUGCCUACCACUACGGUGACCUCUGUAUUGUCAGAACCUUCACGAAUGUCAGAGAAUGAAAAUCCCUCUGAUAGAGCAGGUACGAGGCAGUUAUACCCAGAGGAGAGACCACCUUUACCUCCCCAGCCCAUACACCACAAACCCUUUCCACUGACAGAGUCCCAACAGAACUGUGGAGAGAAGAUCCAGCAUACAGUUAUUUCCCCCACUACCUCAGUAAUCAGUCGGAUACCUAUGCCUUAUGAUACAGAGGAAACUCCACGAAUUUCUCUAAGCAACCGUAGCAUUGGUUUGUCUAUUCCCAAGCAAAAAUUUAGGUCAAACUCUAACGAGAAUAAUCGCUACCAUGCUAUGGAUAUUGUUGAAGAUGCGACGAGAGGGCGCUCUGUUGUUGAGGCCACUCCUUACAGUACAGGCACUAGUCCUGGCCUACGGGUUAAUACAUCAGAGGGGGUAGUUGUUUUGAGUUAUUCUGGUCAGAAAACGGAGGGACCUCAUAGGAUGAGAGCCAAAAUUAGUCAAAUCCCUCCAGCGAGUGCUGGUGAUAUAGAAUUUCAGCAAUCUGUGUCCAAAUCUUCCACAAAGCAAGACUCACUUAUCACAUCAUCCCAGUCCCCUACCCCUAAAGUGAACCCAACUCCCGCAGCUUAUGGGCACACAGGGGUUCUCUUGACAGGCCAGUCCUAUAACUCUCAACCUGUCAUAUCCAGUAUGAAGCAGGAGGGUAUUGGGUGUGACACAUCUGAAGCCCCGUAUCACACUGCGUCCCAAGGUGGGGUUGUAAAGAUGUACCAACAACCAGUUAGUUCUCCUCAAGUCUUGAUGUACAACCAAGCUGUGAUACAGCAGCAGCAUGGCAAGAGAGGACUCGGAUCUGAACCUCUACCCAAAAAGGUGGACAUUGGGAAAGCUGUUCAGCAGUCUACCCGUAGCCCAGUCAUGAAUCCCCACCACCCGUCAAUAUCUGGAACCCGCAUGAGCCCCAGCCCGAGCAUACCAACUGAUCGGUCAGCGCUACACCUAAAGCAAGAACCCCAUUCCCCACGAACAGCCGUUCAUUCCCCUUCCCACUUUGUCAAAGCCUGUCCCCCAAGCAGUUCUCCUAGAGGUACUUCUGUCGUUCUAGGUCACAGCAUAUCUACAUAUCAUUCUAGUAUGCAUCACCCGCACCCGGAACAGUCCACUGUCAUAAUUCAACCUCACAGUGUCACUCAGGCAAUGGCUCAUGAAGCGAGAAGGAACACCUCACCAAUGUCUGGGAUAAAUUAUGGAAGGCGCGGUGACUCCCUGUCUUCUUCCCACCAAGGGCCUCUUCAGCGCUCAAACACGCCUCAGCCUAACGUUGUUCGGGAUCUGGUACUGCAGUCCCAUUCAAGUCCCCAGGGUUCAGUAUCAGGCAUCGGGGGCAGCAGUGUAAGUGAAGACGACCCCAGACACUUUAACCAAGUCCAUAGUAGAUCUUCUGUGCCCCAGCUCCAAUCAGAUGCGAUGAUGAUUCACAGUGAUCACAGAGGGCUCCACCCGAGCAUACGCAUGGACCAGUACAGGGACAUGCACCAACGCAUCCUCAUGCACCAGCAACUGGGAGAGCAGGUCGCUGUAGAGGCAAGACAGUCACGCACCUCAGAGAGCGGAAUGUCUUCAAGCAACAUUUCUGGGCCCUCAAAGAGUCCGAUAGUGGGAAAGAUCAUUGACCUCUCUGCGAAAGAAUCUCACAAACCAUCAGAGGGAAAGCUGAUACAUCCACCUACCAACGAAAGUAGAAUCAGGGGAGUCCACGCAUCUUCUCCUGUCCUGGUAUCUCCUCACUCACAUGGGGUUCAGUUAAUGCAUCCAGGAGGUGCAGGCUCCUUCUCAGUAUAUCGUGAAAUACGCGGCUUUCCUUCCCAGUUUCCAGGCCAUCCUUCAUCGGGACACAACCUGGCUAACCAAGGCGUCACAUCUUCCCAGGUGCCCCCGGAACCUGAGAUCAAUCCCAGGGGUAAAAUGUCUCAGUCACAUGUUGGAGGAAAUGGUUCCAAACCUGAGAGUUCCCAUCUCCACCGUGCCUCUCCAGAACUCUUGCACAUUUCCCGAAUAUCACGGGAUACAGUCUCCCCCUCAUACCCGUCUCCCAUGACGUCCCCCAUGAGUCUUACUCAUAAGCAGGAUCUAUCUCUACAGAAAGGUCCUACAGCCUUCCUGACAUCACCUAUGCCAGCAGGACCCCCAUCGAGUUCUCUCCACUCACGGCCUGAUGCUAAGCUGGAACACUCGGGACAUCGUUCCGUUGAUAUGGUGCAGCUUAUGACGAAAUAUCCUAUUGUAUGGCAAGGCCUGUUGGCACUGAAGAACGACCAGGCGGCCGUCCAGCUGCACUUUGUUUCGGGCAACACCGUGCUGGCUCAGCGCUCCCUGCCACCCACAGAGGGAGGUCCUCUGCUACGCAUUGUCCAGAGGAUGAGGCUUGAGGCUUCCCAGUUGGACAGUGUGGCACGCAGAAUGACUACUUAUCAUUCAUGGCAGGUGGACAAUGACUACUGUUUGCUACUGGCACUACCGUGUGGUCGAGACCAAGAAGAUGUCCUUGAUCAAACCCAAGCUCUGACAAGUGGCUUCAUUACCUACCUGCAAGCCAAACAGGCAGCUGGAAUUAUCAAUGUGCCCAACCCCGGCUCUAACCAGCCGGCUUAUGUGGUGCAGAUUUUCCCACCGUGUGAAUUCUCGGAGAGCCACCUUUCGCGCCUAGCCCCGGACCUUCUCAACAGCAUCUCCAGCAUUUCCCCUCACCUCAUGAUCGUCAUUGCUUCUGUAUAAUUACCUUCAUCUUUCCUGAGCAAAGCCAACACCAGCCCUCUAGGAACUGUCGAGUUUUAUAAGCUGGAAUUGCUUUAUAUUUAUUUAUUUCGAGUUAUUUUGCAUGCACUUACCAAUCCUCCACCAAGUCCUUAAGUCCCCUCAAUUACAUUGAAUUCCAAAAACUAUACCUCUACUGAGGAGGAUCUGAAGGGUUGAACAGGAUUUUUGAUGAUCAUUUUUGAUUUAUCAUGUCAUUUUUGCCAAUUUUGGAGGUGUAUGGAUUGAGGCCUUCCUAUGGGAUAUUUUUUACCUUCAUAAAAGUGAUUGUGAUAAUUUUUUUAAAGAGAAACGAAUGGGAAGUCAUUGCACUACGUUAAGGGAAAAAAUUGUGAACUCUGUACAGACUUGAUUAUAAAAUGAUACAUGUUAUGAAAAUACUUUUGUGAUUAGCCAUGCUUGUGCAAGAUGAAAGAAAAUCAUUGGCUGGAAAAUGAUUAUGGAUUAUUUCAGCAUGAUCGAUGCUUUUGCUCCUUCACCAUCAGCCAACUUUUACACCAUUUCCGGACUCGACUCUCCAUCCUGAAGGGUUCCCUACCCCAGGAACUCGAAAGGCAACUUUUAGAGUAGCACAGCUACACUCAAUGCCUCAACAGGGGACUAUAUAGAGUAUAUUUCUUUUUUUGGCAUUUUCUUUAAGCCUAAGGGUAUUGUGGACUAUUGCAAAAUUGAAUAUUGUAAAUAUUGUAAAUAUUUAAAGACUGAAGGAAUGUGGAGAGACCUAGUGAAUUAUAUUAUACUAAACUCAUCAAAUGUUUUUUUUUCUUUUCUUUGUAUUUUCUUCUCUCUGGGCAGCGGCAAGAAUGGGAAUAGUGGGGAGGAUCUGUACAUGAUUCAGUAUGAAUAUUCAAGAAAAAAUAUUUUUAAAAAUUGAUUCUGUGCCAGAAAUGUCUUUUGCAAACGCUCUACACACGCAAUGUAAACAAAAAUUGAUCAGAACCUAUUUUCAUAUGUGACUUUGUAUUUUGCCACUCAGACUUGAUUCCUUUUUUCCUUUUUUUUUGGUAAUGUUCAUCACCCCAACUCUUUUACUACAGUGCUUUUACAUUCUGAAGUUGUAUCCUCAUUUUAAAGGAACCAUUGUACUGUUGGGGUUACAUUUCUGUUGGAAUUCCUGUUCUCUUCUCUCCAAUAGGGUCCUCUACUGCCCCCUCCUGUCUGAAAAUCAUCCACUCACAUAUGAGGGACUGCAUCCCGAGGUCAUUUAGGCCGUGACUUCAUAACAGAUGUGCUAUAGCAUGCUUUGUUUUCAAAUCUUAAAGGGUAAACAGAAAUCGUAAGAAAAGAAUGUAACUUAAACCGCUAUUGGAUGUGUUGAUCAUCUGUUUCCAUCCCUCCCCUUAACUGUGUUGAGCCGAGCUGUAAAUACUAAUGUCCUUAAUCUGUGCUCUUGUGUAUUUUUCCCUUCAUAAUUGUCCGUCUUAAGGGUCAUUUUGUUUGUUUUGUGAAACAAAGCAAAGCAGUCUGAAAGAAACCGAUGCUGAAAGUAAAACCGAGCUCGUCGGUUUUGUGUUGUAAAUAUUUCUAUGACUGCGAGCUGAAUACUCUCAUGGUUAUGUUGAAGGCACUUAUAAUGUUUCAUAAACAAAUGAGAAGAAAAAAAAAUACUUAAAACGGUGAUUAGUAUGAAAACUGUCUUUUGAUCAAUCUUCAUUUUGAGUGUAUUUUGCUGUUCCUCCAUGAGGACAUUUUAAACUGUAAAAUAAAUGGUUGUUUAACUUACUUGCAAAGAUCAUUAAAUGGUCUGUCACUCUUG